AUGAAAUUUAUUCUCUGUAAAUUGGAGGAUAGUCUAUUCCUUGCUAUUCUAAUUUUUGGCAGGAAAUUAGAAGCGUUUCUUCCGGUCCUUCACUACUCAUUCCCGCCUAUUCCUUCCCUGAAUCGACACCCUAUCACGCUUCCAUUGCACUCGCAAUUACGGUUCGUCGACUCAAAGAUGCUUAUGAAUCUCCGUUGCGGCCUUUGCUUUGGGGAUGCUGUAAUAAUUAUCCUUCUGGCCUCUGUUGUUGCUCUAUCGCACAGAUCAUUGGCAAAUGUUGAAUUGGAAACGGAGAGGACAUUAGCAAUAGUGAAACCAGAUGGGGUUUUUGGUAACUAUACUAGCUUGAUAAGGAAGAUUAUUCUGGAUUCUGGCUUCAGCAUCCAAAGAGAAGCUACAGUACACCUUGAUGAAGAUAGUGUGAGAAGUUUCUAUGCCGAGCACUCAACAAAGAGUUUCUUUCCGAACCUUGUUAAAUACAUGACAAGUGGUCCAGUUUUAAUAAUGGUUUUGCAAAAAGCUAAUGCUAUUGCUGAUUGGCGUACUCUUAUCGGACCAACUGAUGCUCACAAGGCUAAAUCUACUCAUCCUGACAGCAUCAGGGCCAUGUGUGGGCAGGAUUUGGAGCGGAAUUGUGUUCAUGGUUCAGAUUCACGUGAGUCGGCUGCAAGGGAAAUUUUAUUUUUCUUCACAGAGACAUUUUCAGAAGGAACUAUUCUGAAGCAUGACGAACUCUAAAGAAAAAAGCAUAUACAUGCUUUCAAGAACCCAAAAUGUUGUCAUGAAUGGUAAUCGGGGUGUUAGAGCCUGUAGCAGAUAAAUUAUUAUUUUUGUUGUUUAAGUUAUGUCUAUGAUCUAUUUACAUAUUCUUGCAUUUUCAUUAAUGGUUUAUGAAAAAAGUUUAUUU